UGACUUUACUUCAUAUGCCAAUCGUUCGUUCGUUGCAACCCGGAAGCACAACUUGGACAACGCCCUUGAGGAUGCAAUCAAGUCAAUCAACAUUAAACCAUCAUUGAUUGGCUUUAUCUCGAAAGGCAUCGCCCUCUGCGCCAAAGGUCACGUCCGAGAAGCAAGGGUAGCAUUUGACGUCGCAUCGAUGUUCACGAACCAAAAUUCAGAAACCAACCAAUUUCUUCUCUUGAUCAAGGCCAUUGUACUCUUCAAUGCAGAUCAACACGAGGAAGCAAUGCUGCUCAUCAAAGACCUGGCUGCCGCUUGUCCGGAUGUCGAUCCUCUCGCGCGUCGUGUCGUGGAAACGUAUCUAAGUGUUCAGCUCGGAAUCAAAGCUUUUGAUGGCGCGCGUCACGACGAAGCCGCUGAUCACUUCGCCGCCGCCGCCAACUCAGGCGCUUUCUCAUCAAAAUUCAUGCCUCAGAUGUACGAGGACUUGACUGUGCUCUUUGGCUGGGAUCUCGAGUCAUCCUUGCUAACUACACACCAGAAACGGUGCCAGGCAUUCCUUUCAGCAGGUAAAUUCGACGAAGCUCUCGAAGCACACAAAUACAUGAUGGACGCCAUCGACAACAUUGCGAAGGCCAGCUGUCUCGAUUGGUCGAACGAGUUCAAGGAGAAAUGCAGCACGCUCGCUGCGCACAACGACCGUAUUCUUGGUGCAGAGACCCCCAGGCAAGAUCACGAUGGCUAUGAUGUAGAACCCAAUUUCUUCCAUGGAAUGCAUCAAUAUUCUCAGAUUUCCCAGCCAAGACUUCAGCAGCGAGCUGGGCGCCUUGGGCGCCUCAAAAGACUGAGGCUCGCUAUGACGAGGAGGCCUCAGUCAGUUCCUGUACCUGCACCUGCACCACCCGCCACCUCACCACCAGUCGCCGCCGCCGCCACCUUCAAAACUCACCUGCGACGCCUAUUUACCCUACCACUCCAUCAUGCAACGCCACCUGCUGUCGACGUUCCUUUUGCCCAAGGUCGACAGCGCAAUGCUGCAGCGGGUGCUCCUGGGAGUGACGACUCCUUGAUACGUGAUGAAGACCCUCCUUCACAGGAUCCCAAUAUGCAACAGCAACAGCAACCAGUAGCAGUUCAGGUAGACACCGGCGAACAUGGAGGCGGACUGUCCUGUUGCUGCUGCUAGAAGCAUUGGUGAAUGACCAUGGGUAUUUCAGUUUUAUCGCUCAUCUUGUCAUGAUAUCCACAUUGGCUUGAAGCGGUAGUUUAUCGAUAAGCAUCAGCAUCCUUUAGCUCACUUUUUGUCCUCCUCCGAGUCUAUAGCUGAUUGUGAACCUUGAUUCCCUCAUAUGUAGAUCUUGACUUGCACAUAAGUUAUUGAUUACUGAGUUUCAGAUAUUGUGCUCA